AUGUAUACUCUUCCAUCUGAUGCAUUCGUCAAAAAUGUCGACGUCUAUCAUUUACCUGGUAUUACUCCUGAAACAAUUGAAACUUGCUCUGAUCUUCUUCAAAAGAAUCAUGAAAAGAACCAUGUCUUUUUCAAUCUUCGAGGUGGUUUUCACAAUCAUACCGCACAUCAUCUAUUAACUGCCUUAAGUCUUGGUGCUUCAUCUAAUACAUUGAAACAUAUCUAUGAACAACAGAUGAAAAUUCAACUACCGUUAGCUCCACUGCACAAGGAACAGGAUUUCGACGUACAAAAAUGUUUAGGUGAUGAUAAUUACUAUCAUGAUUAUCUGGAAUUUUUUAAAAAAGAAUUGAACAAUGAAAAAUAUCAAGGAAAUAUUGAAGAUUUAAUUGAAGAUUAUGUAUUUAAUCAUGAUUAUCUUGGUCUCAUAUUUGCUGGUGCUUAUCAUCCAUUUAUUCAUCUCGGAUAUGCUGUAGAAUUUCAAUCGAAACUAAUGGCUAUUGAAGGUUUAGCUAUGGCAUCAGUUGAUCGAACCAUUCUCAAAGAUAUCGUCAAUCAUUUCAAUGAUGAUUCGAACAAAGAUGGUGAUAAAACAGCCUUGGAUAUUAUUGAAUUGAUUGUCAAGGAUUCUCGUUUUGAUGAAAAAGUUUUUUAUACAGAUGCUAGACCGAAGACGCGUAUAUUUUUGCAAAGAGGUGGUGCUCCAUUGAUUGUAGAAUAUGCUCGAAUGUGGAAAUGUGAUUUAAAUGAUGCCAGACGAGCGGCUAUUUUAAUUAAUACAGCUGCUAUACGACCAAAGAAAGCACCUCGCCUUGACUUUUUUCUCAUGCAUUCAACAACAAGUAGUCUAUUCUUAGAUAUAAUGGUUCAUUCGUUAAAAAAGAAAGAAAAUCAAUUGAAAUUGAUCAGAGCCAAAUUUGCAGUUGAUCUUUUUUAUUAUGUUGCACGUGGACGACCAAAAUUAAAUUUAAAUUAUUUAUGCAAUGAAUAUCCAGUAUCAAAAGAACAUUUGUAUAUAGACGCAUCAAAUCCAUGGUUACCUCUCAUUGAUAAAUGUUUAACACAUCCAGAUGAACAUGUAACAAAGACAAUAAGAGCAUUGAUCUAUGCGGAUAAAUUUGAUAAUGCACAAGGUCAAGAUAAAUUACCUUAUUUGAAAAUUGCACAAAUGGUAAUGGACGCUUUAUUUCCUGCUGGUAAAAAAGAUUGGGCUCAAGAAGGAAUUGGUUGGGAUGAAUAUUGGCAGACAGUACCAUACGUAAGUCCUCAAGAACCAAAACAAGAUUGUCUGGCUGAAUCCCAAAUUGUUCUACAAACAUUUAUUCCACUAACGUUGGAUUUAAGUUUUCUUUUCAAAGCAAUUAAAGCACAACGAAUAAUUAAAUCAAAUGUUGAAGACUCUGCAUUAUCAAUUAUAAAAACACAAUCACUUUUAGCUUUACAUUGUUCACUUAUUUACUUAGACUGUUAUAAUGAUACCAAGAUUAAAAUCAUUGAAGAUGUUAUGGAAAAUUAUCAAUGGUCAAGUUUUCAAUUGAAUUUCACUGAUAUGGGAUGUAAUGUUGACAAUCAUCAAGCCUAUCUAAACACGCGAGCAAGUCAAUCAUCAUCGUUAGUACUUGAAAAUAUUGUACAUGAUUUAGAAGCUGCUAUAACUGCACGAGGAAUUCGAAUAAAACAGUCAAAUGGAGGAAAUUUUCAUAUGACAUUGGCUACUGUCAAAUAUCAAUAUCCAUCAGAUUGUAUAGUCAGUCAAUUAAAACAAAAAUUCAUUUCACUGUCAAAUUAUUUUGGAUCGAAGAAAGUAUGCUGCUUUUGGACUAAAAAAUCAGAUGGAUGGAUAAUUAAACGUCAUUUUGCUCAAGAUUGUUCAAUAUUUGAAAAAUUAAUAUGUUAA